AUGUGGGCCUUGGCAUUGUGGAUGUUUCCUCUACUCUACAGACUCAGCCUGGCAGCUCUGCCACAUAAGCCUGAGAACAUCUCUUGUAUCUUCUACUAUAAGCACAAUUUAACUUGCACUUGGAGUCCAACGACUGAGGCUAAAGACACAUGGUACACAGUUAAGAGAAUUUUAUGCCAUGAAAAAGAAAGAGAUAUGUGUACAAAUAAAACCGAAACUUCAUGUUUUAUUCGCUAUCCAAAUGUAACAAACCCAGAUGAUUAUACCAUUGAAGUGGAAGCUAAAAAUGCAGAUGGUAUAGUUAAAUCUGAUAGAACACAUUGGUGUUUAGAUAGCAUAGUGAAAAUUGAACCACCUAAGAUCGACUUUGUGAAACCAGUUUUGGGUGUUAAACAAAUGGUUCAAGUACAAUGGGAAAGGCCUAAGUUGGCACCUGUUUCAUCUACUUUAAUAUGCACACUUCGAUUCAAGACAGUAAAUAAUGCCGAGUGGAAGGAAGUCAACUUCAGCACGGAAGAUAUCCACUUAAAACAAGUAUACAACCUCACAGAUCUUCAGGCAUUUACGGAAUAUGUCAUAGCUCUGCGAUGUAUGGCCGAGGGGUCACAGUUCUGGAGUGACUGGAGUCAAGAAAAAAUGGGAACAACUGAAGAACAAGCUCCAUUUGGCCUGGAUUUAUGGAGAGUCCUGAGACCUCUUGAGGCAGAUGGAAGAAGGCCAGUGCAAUUGUUGUGGAAGGAGGCAAGAAGAGGCCCCAUAUUGGGAAAAGCAAUAGGCUACACCAUAUGGUACUUUCCAGAAAACAGCACUUACCUCACAGAGACAAUGAACACAACUAAUGAGCAACUUGAACUGUAUCUGGGAAGUGAGACCUAUUGGGUGUCUGUUGUGUCUUACAAUUCUUUCGGGAAAUCUCCAGAGGCUACCCUGAGGAUUCCUUCUGCUCAUGAAAAGCCAUUUCCAUGCAUUGAGGCCAUGCAGGCCUUCAUCGCUCAGGACCAGCUGGUGGUGGAGUGGCAAAGUUCUGCAUCUCUGGUGGACACAUGGAUGGUUGAGUGGUUCCCGGAUUUGGACUCAGAGCCCUCUGCCUUAUCCUGGGAAUUUGUGUCUCAGGCCAGGAACUGGACAAUCCCACAAGAUAAAUUGGAGCCUUUCUUGUGCUACAACAUCUCUGUGUAUCCGCUAUUUCAAGAUCUAGUGGGUGAGCCUUACUCUGUCCAGGCUUAUGUCAAAGAAGGAGUUCCAUUAGCAGGUCCCGUGACCAAGGCAGAAAACAUUGCUAUGCAGACAGUCACGAUAACAUGGAAAGAGAUUCCAAAGAGUCAGAGAAGUGGCUUCAUCAGCAACUACACCAUAUUUUAUCAAGCUGAAGAUGGGGAAGAAUUUUCUAAGACAGUCGACUCCAGCAUUCUGCAGUAUGACCUGAAGCCCCUGACACGGAACACCCCUUACACUGUUCAGGUCAUGGCUAGCACCAGGGCUGGGGGAACCAACGGAACCAGGAUCAACUUCAAGACAUUGUCAAUUAGUUUCAUGGAGAUUGGGCUCAUAGCUUCUCUGGUUGGAGGUGGCCUUCUUAUUUUCAUCAUCCUGACGGUGGCAUAUGGUCUGAAAAAACCCAACAAAUUGAAACACCUCUGUUGGCCUGAUGUCCCCAACCCUGCUGAAAGCAGUCUAGCUAUGUGGUGUGGAGAUGAUUUCAAGAAUAAGCUAAAUCUGAAGGAGGUGCAGUUUGAUAAUUCUGUGAACACAGAAGAAGACAGCAUACUAAAACCACAUUAUGGCCACAGUGACCUUAUUGACAAGUUGGUGGUGAACUUUGGAAAUUUUCUGGAAGAAGUGUCCAUAGAAAAACCUCUGAAGCACAAGAAAAACAUUGCUGGAGGUGAAAAGAAUGAGUAUGUGACUUCCCUCUACACACCUGAUUAUCCCCUGGGAAAGAACUUCCAGGAGCCGCCGAUUUCAGCUAAGAUUCUAUCCAGAAUGCCAGAAGAGACCUGCUCAGAAACCAAAGAGCAACUUCUCUCUUAUGGUCAAAAUUUGGGGCCAGACCAACUCUGUGAGGAAGGAACACCAAACCUAUACUUGAAAAAUUCAGUGACAACAAGAGAAUUUCUUGUGUCUGAAAAACUUCCAGACCAAACUAAGAAAGAAGUCUAA